AUGCCUAGAAGAGGAUCGAUUCUUCAGACCCGGACCCACUGGUUGCUGUUGGGUCUUGCUUUACUCUGCAGUUUGGUACUGUUUUUGUAUCUUCUGGAAUGUGCCCCACAGACUGAUGGAAAUGCAUCUCUUCCUGGGGUCAUUGGAGAAAAUUAUGGUAAAGAGUAUUAUCAAGCCCUACUACAGGAGCAAGAAGAACAUUAUCAAACCAGGGCAACCAGUCUGAAACGCCAAAUUGCCCAACUAAAACAAGAAUUACAAGAAAUGAGUGAGAAGAUGAGAUCGUUACAAGAAAGAAAGAAUGUAGGGGCUAAUGGCAUAGGCUAUCAAGGCCACAAAGAACAAGCACCUAGUGAUCUGUUAGAGUUUCUUCAUUCCCAGAUUGACAAAGCUGAAGUUAGCAUAGGAGCCAAACUACCUAGUGAGUAUGGGGUCAUUCCCUUUGAAAGUUUUACCUUAAUGAAAGUAUACCAAUUGGAAAUGGGUCUCACUCGCCAUCCUGAGGAAAAACCAGUUAGAAAAGACAAGAGGGAUGAAUUGGUGGAAGUUAUUGAAGCUGGCUUGGAGGUCAUUAAUAAUCCUGAUGAAGAUGAUGAACAGGAAGAUGAGGAUGGUCCCCUUGGAGAGAAACUGAUAUUUAAUGAGAAUGACUUCAUAGAAGGUUAUUACCGCACCGAGAGAGAUAAGGGCACACAGUAUGAACUCUUUUUUAAGAAAGCAGAUCUUAUGGAAUAUAGACAUGUGACCCUCUUCCGCCCUUUUGGACCUCUCAUGAAAGUGAAGAGCGAAAUGAUUGACAUUACUAGAUCAAUUAUUAACAUAAUUGUGCCACUUGCUGAAAGAACUGAAGCAUUUGUGCAGUUUAUGCAGAACUUCAGGGAUGUAUGUAUUCAUCAGGACAAGAGGAUCCAUCUCACAGUGGUGUAUUUUGGUAAAGAAGGAUUGUCUAAAGUCAAGUCCAUCCUAGAGUCUGUCACAAGUGAGUCUAAUUUUCACAAUUACACCUUGGUCUCAUUGAAUGAAGAAUUUAAUCGUGGACGAGGACUAAAUGUGGGUGCCCGAGCUUGGGACAAGGGAGAGGUCUUGAUGUUUUUCUGUGAUGUUGAUAUAUAUUUCUCAGCCGAAUUCCUUAACAGCUGCCGGUUAAAUGCUGAGCCAGGUAAGAAGGUGUUUUACCCUGUGGUGUUCAGUCUUUACAACCCUGCCAUUGUUUAUGCCAAUCAGAAUGCGCCCCCUCCUGUGGAGCAACAGCUGGUUCACAAAAAGGAUUCUGGCUUUUGGCGAGAUUUUGGCUUUGGAAUGACUUGUCAGUACCGAUCAGAUUUCCUGACCAUUGGUGGAUUUGACAUGGAAGUUAAAGGUUGGGGUGGAGAAGAUGUUCAUCUUUAUCGAAAAUACCUGCACGGUGACCUGAUGGUGAUUCGGACCCCGGUUCCGGGGCUCUUCCACCUGUGGCAUGAGAAACACUGUGCUGACGAGCUCACCCCCGAGCAGUACCGCAUGUGCAUCCAGUCCAAAGCCAUGAAUGAAGCCUCUCACUCGCACAUGGGCAUGCUGGUCUUCAGGGAAGAGAUAGAGACACAUCUUCGCAAGCAGGCAUACAGGACAAACAGCGAAGCUGCUGGUUAA